AUGCCAACAGAAUCGUUUCCAGACCCAAAAGAAACCGCAGCCAAACGGCGACCAGCAGAGUCUAAUCUCGAUGCUGAAGAGAUGGAUCCGCUCACUUCUUUAAACCAAGACUUCGAAUCCCAAGAUUUUACUUUUGCAACCUCUCCACUAUCUCAAAACACAUUUCUAGGCUCUACAACCAAUACCAUAACAUCACUCCUUGAACAUAAGGCUGUCUCGCUCGUGCAUACCCUGUCAGACGACACCGUGGCCUCGUCGCCUGGUUCGAGCUACAGCCCGGCCGCUGAUAACAAUACGCUUACCGGUACAACCACAGGUGCACAGUAUACUACCGCUGACGUCGUUAUGCCUGUCCCCCUCACAAUCAAACCCGAAGAAGAUGAAGGUAAUGUUUUGCUUGAUGAAGAGCAGCGGGUCGGAGGCUUCCCGGACUCCGACCCCUCUAGACUUAACCACCCCACAGCAGCAAACUCUGAUGAUGACUCUUAUGACGGCUUAGAUGAUGACUCUGACGGACCUUUGGGACCUUUGCGUAAAGAGUCCAUCCGUGAACGCGCAAUGAUUAUCAUUAACCAUAUUUUGUUUUCCCAUGCCGGCGUCAAGCUGCUCCUUCUCGCUCAGGUCUUCAACUCGGCCAUGAUUGCAAGUACGCGUCUGCUCGAAACAGCGUCCGACCCACCAUUUCACCCAUUUCAAGUUCUUUUUGCUCGUAUGGGCAUCACUUACAUUGGUUGCGUAGCAUUCAUGUGGUAUAAGCACGUCCCAGACUUUCUUCUUGGUGAAAAAGGUAUUCGUCUACUGCUUGUCUGUCGUGGUGUAUUUGGGUUUUUUGGGGUCUUCGGACUCUAUUACUCGGUCAACUACCUCGAAAUAUCUGAUGCUGCCGUUAUCACCUUUCUCACACCUGUAUUUACAGCCGUUUUUGCUUGGCAUUUCCUCAAUGAGCCUCUGCUUCCCAUUGAAAUUCUGGGUGGAUUAUUUGCCCUCAUAGGUGUUGUCAUCAUCUCUAAACCCUCAUUCCUUUUUAAAAUUGGCCAUCAUUCAGAAAGCUCUAAUGAUACACCAGAUAUUCCAGAAGCAAUGCGCGUUCGCGCUGUUCUCGUCGCGCUUUUGGGUGUUUGCGGUGCUUCCAGUGUUUAUAUAGUCAUUCGUAAAAUUGGUCGCCGUGCACAUCCUCUCAUUUCGGUUUCUUACUUUGCUUUAUGGUCUUUUAUCGUCUCGACUGUUGGCCUUACUGUCACUCCUGGUCUUCAUUUUGUCAUGCCUCAGACAGCCCUUCAAUGGUUUCUCCUCCUGCUUCUUGGUGUUUUUGGCUUCCUCUUCCAGUUUUGCCUUACAGCUGGUAUUCAGCGCGUAACAGCUGGCCGCGCAGCUAUGGCUACAUAUACGCUCAUGUUCUGGACAUUACUUUGGGAAAAAGUCAUUUGGCAUAAAACUCCUGAUCUUUGGUCCUUACUGGGUAUGGUUCUCAUUCUUGGAUCAGGUAUUUUUGUGGCUGUAUAUAAAUGGUGGUCGAACAAAAAGGCUCGCGAGGCACGGAUCCAUCUCCCACAUUCGCGCAGAACUUCGCAUAUAAGCACACACGACAGAAAUAAUGAAGACGAGGACCAAGACGAUGAUGAGCACGGCGGUGAAGGAUCGCCCUUGCUUGGAGAUCAGGAAUACCAAGGUGACGAAGAAAACGCGCUCUCCAGUGAUCUUGAAUCUGACAUCGACGAUGAUGACGAUUCACGCGAACGUCGUCGUUAUUCUUUUACUAUUUCGCAUCAACCCUCGAUUCCUCUUCGCGAACUUGGCACUACACCGCCUGCAACAGCAACGACAACAACGACAACAACACCAACUGUUACUACUGCGUCUGCGCCAGCACCAAAGCGUCACAACAGCAAGGACCGUAUUAGGGCCACAGUUUCAGAAAUCGUUUCAAUUCCUGCUACAGCUCCAGCAGUACCAAUGACUGGAAAGGGAGUCAUGCAAGUACACGUGCACACAGGCGCGGGCGCCGGGAAAGUGUUGCCGCGGUCAGCCUACACUCGGGUUUAUGACCGGAGCACAAACCGAAAUGAUUUUCUGUCAACUUCCUCUACAGUUGUCUAA